GGUCAGCUGACGUCCUCCGAGGAGAAGCUCGGCGCUCUGCAGUCUGACGCCCGUCGACUGAAGUCGUCAAUCAAGAAGCACGAAAACCUGGUGGAGAAAUACAAGAGGAAGGUGCAGCAGGUGCGUCUGGAGUCAGAUGAGUACUGCCUGCAGCUGGAGGCGACACAGAGGGAGGCGCGGGAGGUGAAGGUGAGCCUGGAGAGGGAGGCGGAGCAGGUGAGGAGGGAGCUGCUGGGCCGGCUCAGGGAGCUGGAGACGCUGCCCGACAGACUGAGGAGGACGGAGGAGCAGCUCAGAGACGCCCGGCAGGAGGCAGACGCCCACGAGAGGAGGAACGAGGAGCACAACUCGGCUCUCUCUGAAGUCAGACGCAAGGUGGAACAGCGAGGCGCUCAGCUGGAGACGCUCCAGCAGAAGAACCUGCUGCUGCAGGAGGAGAACAACGUUCUCAAAGAGAAAAUUCACAACUUAGAGAGGAGGCUGGAGGACAUGACGGCAGAAAACAAAGACAAGUCUCAGGCUCUCCUGUCAAAGGACGCCAGUGUCCGCAGCGCUCAGCAGCAGCUGGACGAGAAGACCCACGAGUGCAGCGUCCUGUCCAGACAGCUGCAACAAACUCUGGAGGACGCACAGAGACAGGUGUGGAGCUAUAUCAGACCGGUGUCAA